AUGAUCCAAGGAGUAAGGGAAGGCUGCUUAGGAGGAGGAGGAUUGAGGUUUGAAUUAUCGAUACCGUUUAAUAACGGUCCCGAAAUUGUCACUCCUCCAACGGCUUUAACUAUAGAUGUAGCGGAGACAGUUGAAAAAAAGAUUCAACGGUUGAUACAGGAGAAUCCAGUGAUUAUCUUUAGUAAAUCAUCUUGUUGUAUGUGUCACGUCAUGAAGAGGUUGUUAUCAAACUUAGGGUGUACACCUACUGUGAUUGAAUUAGAAGAUGAUGAGAUUUCUGCACUUCCAAUGGAGGAUGUUGUUCCCGGUGGCGCGGCACCGGCCGUUUUUAUAGGUGGUGAGUGUAUUGGUGGAUUGGAGAGUUUAAUGGCUCUUCAUCUUAGUGGUAAUCUUGUUCUUAAACUUGCUCAAGUUGGUGCUAGAAAUUUUUUGUAUAAAUUUUAG